AUGGAUGCAAAACCAAAACCUUCUGUAGAACCUUUGAAGUAUCAGACAUGGUUCUUGAAAGUUUCUAUCCACUGUGAAGGUUGCAGAAAAAAAGUAAAGAAAGUUUUGAAGCGCAUUGAUGGUGUUUUCACUGCAACAAUCGAUUCACAACAGCAUAAAGUAACAGUUACUGGAAAUGUUAAUGUUGAGAUACUUUUAAAGAAGUUGGUCAGAGCUGGGAAACCUGCCGAGAUUUGGCCGGAGAGUGACGACGGGAAGGGAAAAAACUCCGGCAAAGAGAAGAAGAAGAAGAAUGAAAAUGAAAACGAACCAAAAGAAACACAAAGCUUGCAAAACAAGGGAACUGAAAGUGGUAACAAGUGUGAAAAUGAAACCAAAAACAAGAACAAGUACUCUAAAACCAGUGCCGGUGAGUUGCCGGUGAAGUCUCCGGUAAACAGCAACGUUACUCCGGUAGGUGGUGGAGAGGGUUCUGAUAAUAAGAAGAAGAAAAAGAAAGAUGGAAACGGAAACGGAAAUGGAAACAAUGGUUUGAGCUCAGUAGCUAAGAAUGGACCAUCACACACUGGAUUCCAAUUCCAGAAUCUUGAUCAAGGUAUGGCCCACCAAGUGAAUCUCAGCCCUACACGUCAGCAAUCGUUUUUCUAUCCAUCAGAAACAUGUUACCCUCCCAUGGCUUAUGUGUCAUCAGCUUACAAUAGGUUAUAUCCUAUGGGAAGAGUUUGUGAUCCUUCUUAUCAUGUUCCAUCUUUACCCUACACGUGUCCUUAUAGCCUAGUUAAUCAAUAUGGAACUUAUCAACUUCAAUCAGCACCCUCGGUUUCUUUUGAGUUUUUUAGUGAUGAAAAUGCUAAUGGAUGUUCCAUUAUGUGA